AUGUUUGAGAUGAAGAGAGCAAUUGACGCUUUAGUUGUUUUAGCUGGUUUUAUUUCAAUGUAUAACGCAAAAAUGAACCCGCAAUGUUCUAAAUGUAAAGCAGCAAUGAGGAAAUAUAACUACUCCGUCAAAGAGAUAGAACGUAUGAGAAACGACUAUGCAGACUUAAAGAAAGAAGCAGAAAAACCAGCAGAAGAUAAAAUGGACAUGUUAGAAUUUCUGAACAAAAACUAUCCAACAGCAGAAGAUUUCCUUCUAUCUGACGUCAAGAAGAAAUAUAAAGAAACUUUCGGCAUUGUUAAAACAUUCGAUGUACUAAAAGAAGAAAUAGAAGCUACAAAACUGUUUAAAGUCUCACGAAUUCAUAACGUUUACCAUGUAAAACGCUUAUAA